AUGCAGCUUCGACGACUGCAGAAAGAAUUAAACGAUUACACCCCAGUUGGAGUUUCUUCCUAUGCGUACUGGAGUAAGGAAAGAGAUACCGAAUCGUCCCAGAAUGACAACUGGUGGUCUUCAUCCGCCGAUACAAAAUCCACAGGCGAACAAGAUCCAGUGUCAGUGACCAUCUUCAAAGGCCACGCAGAAGAACUGGCCACUCUUCAAUCGCCUAAAGGCCUCCUUUUGACAGGACCUCCUGGUUCCGGGAAGACAUUCCUGGUCAACCUCUGGUUCGAUACAUUAGCGACCCCGUACAAGACGCGAAGACACUACACCGAACUCGUACUCGAGAUAUACCGUGCAGUAUGGGAGAUAACCAGACAGCGAAUGGCUGAACACUCUACUAUUACAUUCGAGAGUGGCCCCAGCUGGAAAUCGCGCACACUUUCGGUGUUCGGGUACGUCUCCAGCAGCGACAAGUACAAGAACCCCCCCAUGGCCUAUGCGGUCGCCAAGAGACUCAUCGUACACCAUUGGCUUUUGGUGUUCGAUGAGAUACAGCUCUUGGAUGUCUCGAGUGCAAGUCUGUUGGCCGAUGUUCUUUCGUGGUUUUGGAGGAUGGGCGGUGUGGUGGUGGGAACCUCUAAUAAGGUACCGGAGGAUCUGUAUAAGAAUGGUGUUCAGAGGGAACGUUUAGAGCCGUUCGUAGAGGCUCUCCAGGUGCGGUGUCCCGUUUUGAAUUCGGAGGCUCAAGAUCCUGUGGAUUGGAGGGUGGUACGAGCGGGACAGGAUCCGUUUAGUACUUGGUUCAUCGCAGGAGAAGAGGCGAAAUUCGAAGACGCAGUGCUUUCAUUGAUCGACUCAUCAGUCGAAACUCGACCGUCGAAGUUGACAGUCUUCGGUCGCGCCUUGGUUGUUCCAUGGUCUCAUGGAAGUAUUUGCAAAUUCACUUUUGCCGAGCUUUGCGCUGAAUCUUUGGGGCCGGCAGACUAUAUCACCAUUGCAUCGACAUUUCGCACCAUUAUCAUUCAAGGUGUUCCUAUCCUUAAAUUAUCCGCCAAAGACAAAGCACGACGCCUCAUUUCCCUUAUCGACGCCAUGUACGAGGCCCGCUGCAGGAUCAUCGUUCUCGCCCAGACCACCCCGGAGAAUAUUUUCUUUCCUGACGCCCCUCUUGAUGCCCAGUACCAGAUACACGAUGAUAUUAUGAUGGCUGAGACAGUUGCAGAGACGAGGGACACUUAUCGUCCAAACGUGUCGUCGUACAAUUCACCGGAGAUGAGAGAGGCACGUCCGGAAAGAAUCAUGCCGUUGGAUACUUUGUCUAUAUUUUCUGGCAAAGACGAGCAGUUUGCGUUCAAGCGUGCAUUGUCUCGAUUACUUGAAAUGACGAGUAGUGGUUAUAACAGAGAUGAAGAAUGGUCACCUCUCCCCCUUGAUUCACGACAAUGGGAACAAACGAGGGUACAACCUACACGCACGGAUAUAACAAAUGUGGCAAACUACCAUAGAGAAGCACCUCAAGAUUCCCAGGUUCCUCGAGACUUAAAACCUCCUCCCAUAUUAUACGACCACCACGUAUGGGGCGUGCGUGACGAUUGGGGAAAACGUGCAGGGAAAUGGGGUAAAGGCGCGAAGGCUUACGAGGAGUCGGGUUCUGGAGUAUAG